AUGUUCCGAAUAACCCCACCUACAUUCUUUCGUCAACUGCCUGCUCUUCUCAAAUUCAAGAUUCAUCAACCUCUACCACUGACUCAACGUGAGUCUAACCAAUUACUCGAACUCCUCACAACAUCAUUUCGACAACAGCUAGACUCGGAGCAUGGUCCCUCAGAUACCGCCACCAGUAUGGACAGUACCAAAGUCGAUACAUCUACAUCCCAUAAGCAACCUGAAAGUAGCAGACCUCGACGCCUUUCAGGUUCUGGUUGUAAGCAUACCGAUCGACAUAUGAAAUCUAUUCUCACAGAUCCUCUUUUCAAUCAACGACCGCAGAGAGGCGAGCCCGGAUCUAUUCAGGACCCCAUGGAUACAUUUGAUCGAGCUGUUGGACGCGGAUUGAUGACUUUAAAGUAUGCAAAGGCAAUUUUAAUAGCCAAGAAGAAACAACUUAAGUCCUCACAUGAAACGUUGGAGGAAGGUAUAAGAAAGUCGGGCGCCGGUAUCAAAAUCUUGAAGUGGUUGAAGUCAAGUGGUCUAAACCAGAACACCGACUUCUUAUUGCAAGACCAAAGAUUCGGGGUUUUACUUUUUGAGUUCAUGCGUGCGGAAGGCUAUGAAGAUAUUUUCUGGGAAUGGAUAAACAAAGCCAUUCACGAUACCAGCGCCACGAAAGCCGAAUUGCAAGGUCUAGCUCAACUCGUUUCCAAAGUCGUUGAACAAACCACCAAACUCGACGCAUCUCUUAAUACUUCUAUUUCUAUUCUGUUCCGAGUAUCAGACAUGGCUAAAGACCUCCGUUUCGAAACGGUUCGGAGCCUGCUCAUAAAUCCUGGACAGCAUAUAUUCCAAUUGAUUGUCAAGGGGACUCGACAAGUGCGAGAAGCUACUUCACUGGAAUCUUUCCGGAUAUUCCAACAAAUUUUGCCGAUAUUCAGCAUCCAUGAUGUUGACCUGCAUAUUUUAGAUAUUUAUUCUCCGUACCAACGAUCUGCAGAUCGUUUCUUAGAAUUCUUUCGAAAGCGACCUUCUUUGAUGGAAUCCGAGACUGAGGAUCUCCGAACACCGUUUGAGCAUAAUGAGGCGAAGAAGAUGGUUUCGAUAUCUCUCAUGGCAGCUCAUGUUCUGCUUGAGCAGAAUCGAGUCAAUGAUGCAACCUGGAUUAUGGAACGACUGCGCACGGAUUAUCCCAAGCUAUUAGGAGUUGAAGCAGACAUUCAGGAACGGAAAGGUGAAUUUGAUGAGGCAUCGAGUAUUCAAAUAUUAGAGUCUCUCAGCAUAGCCUGA